AUGGCAGACCUGGAUUUUGCUUCUAAGCAUGAGACUCAUCCAUUCAUCGACGCAUCCAAUGCAAGUGUCAUUGAUGAAGAUUUACUGCAGCGCUUCGAAGAUGUGACUGGUCGGCGGCCGCAUCGGUUUUUGCGUAGGGGUAUUGUCUUCAGCCAUCGCGGACUCGAAAAGAUACUUGAUAAAUUCGAGCGCAAGGAACCAUUUUACCUCUUUACUGGACGUGGACCUAGCAGUGAGAGUCUGCAUCUUGGUCAUUCAAUUCCAUCCGAGUUUACAAAAUGGCUCCAGGACGUUUUUGAUGCACCGCUUGUCUUGAUGCUGACUGACGAUAUGAAACUAUUGCACUCUCCCUCGCUGGCAGUGCCCACUGUCAAGCGAUACACAAUUAAAAACGCGAAGGACAUUCUGGCUUUCGGCUUCAAUACCCAAAAGACUUUCAUGUUCUCGAAUCUUGACUAUGUUGGAGGAUCAUUCUAUCAGAACAUAGUCCGCGUCGCUCGAUUGAUCAAGGUCUCAGACAUCAAACGGGCACUCGAGUCCGGGGACGAGCAGAACGUGGGUAUGUUCUAUUGCUGCUCGACCCAGAGCGCUGGAACUUUCGCAACUUCAUUCCCCGGCAUUCUUGGAGCUGAUGUCACAGAAGAAGACCAAGAAACUCUGCAGGAUAUGCCCUGUCUGAUUCCUUGCUCAUGGGAUAUUGACGGGUACUUUAGUGAGGUCAGAAAGCACGCGGAGACCUUGGGACAUCCACAAGCUGCAUUCCUCUACUCCAGUCUUCUGCCCUCUCUGCAAGGAGCAGAAGCAAAGAUGUCAGCUUCGGUACCAGUGUCCGCAAUUUUCCUUACAGACGAUGAGAAACUGGUGCGACAAAAGAUUGAGCUUAUAUUUGCCAACGAUGCAGGCUUCCACGCCCCAACUAUCUUCGAGUACCUGAAUUUCUUCCUGGAGGACGAUGUGGAAUUGUUGCGGCUGAUUGAUGGCUUUGGAAAGGGCGUUGUGGAGGCACGAGAACUGCAAGAGUCGCUCAUUGACGCGGUGCAGCAUGUUGUUGCCUCCUUCCAGGAGAACAGAAGCCACGUCACAGAUGGCUUCCUGCAGCGUAUCAUGACACGGAGGCUGAUAAAUUGA